AGCCGGUCCCCGCGGAGGGAGCGACCGCCGCGUCCCUCCCGCGCCCCGUGUUCCCAGGGUCCCAGGCCGUGGCCCCUGGAGCCGGCCGCGCCUCGGGCUUCCCGGCGGCCGGGUUGUAAACAUUUCCGGCCCCUCCCACCGCGCGCCGCCUCCCUGGCGGCCUGCACGCAGCUCGGGCCGGGUGGGCUGCGCGUCUCGGCCGUGCCCCGACGUGCGCUUGGACCAUCACAGGGAGAUCUCUGCCACUGGGGGCUGAGGGACCCCCAGCCUUCCUGCAGGCUGAAGCUGCAGGGUCCUGCUGCACCAGCCAGAUGUCUUCCCACAAAGGAUCCGCGGCGGCGCAAGGCAAUGGGGCGCCUGCCGCUAACAGGGAAGCCGACUCAGUGGAACUGACCGAACUGGGACCCCUGCUGGAGGAGAAGGGCAAGCGGGCGAUCACCAGCCCCACAAAAGCUGAAGAGGAGCAAACAUGCCCUGUGCCCCAGGAAGAGGAAGAGGAGGUGCGGGUGCUCACCCUCCCCCUGCAGGCCCACCACGCCAUGGAGAAGAUGGAAGAGUUUGUGUACAAGGUCUGGGAGGGACGUUGGAGGGUCAUCCCCUAUGAUGUGCUGCCUGACUGGCUCAAGGACAAUGACUACUUGCUUCACGGGCACAGACCACCCAUGCCCUCCUUUCGGGCCUGCUUCAAGAGCAUCUUCCGCAUCCACACGGAAACUGGCAAUAUCUGGACCCAUCUGCUUGGUUUUGUGCUGUUUCUCUUUUUGGGAAUCUUGACCAUGCUCAGACCAAAUAUGUACUUCAUGGCCCCUCUCCAGGAGAAGGUGGUGUUUGGGAUGUUCUUUUUGGGUGCAGUGCUGUGCCUCAGUUUCUCCUGGCUCUUCCACACCGUCUAUUGUCAUUCAGAGAAAGUCUCUCGGACUUUUUCCAAACUGGACUAUUCAGGGAUUGCUCUACUGAUUAUGGGGAGCUUUGUCCCCUGGCUCUAUUACUCCUUCUACUGCUCCCCACAGCCACGGCUCAUCUACCUCUCCAUCGUCUGUGUUCUGGGCAUUUCUGCCAUCAUCGUGGCACAGUGGGACCGUUUUGCCACCCCUAAGCACCGGCAGACAAGAGCAGGUGUGUUCCUGGGACUCGGCUUAAGUGGCGUCGUGCCCACCAUGCACUUUACUAUUGCCGAGGGCUUCGUCAAGGCCACCACGGUGGGCCAGAUGGGCUGGUUCUUCCUCAUGGCUGUCAUGUACAUCACCGGAGCUGGCCUUUAUGCUGCUCGCAUUCCUGAGCGCUUCUUUCCUGGAAAAUUUGACAUUUGGUUCCAGUCUCACCAGAUUUUCCAUGUCCUGGUGGUGGCAGCAGCCUUCGUUCACUUCUAUGGGGUCUCCAACCUUCAGGAAUUCCGUUACGGCCUCGAAGGUGGCUGUACUGACGACUCCCUCCUCUGAGCCUUCCCACCUGAGGGUGGAGGAGGAACUUCCCAAGUGCUUUUAAAAAUAACUUCUUUGCUGAAGUGAGAGCAAGAAUCUGAGUUGUCUGUUUCUAGAAGAAACCUCUUAGAGAAUUCAGUAUCAACCAAGCUUCAGCUCACCUUCACACCUACUGGAGAUAAACUUCCACUUCCUUCCUGCCCGCUGGGGAGGGUGGGGAUGGGCACAGCUUCCCACCACCCUCCCCGGCCUGGCAACUACUGGCCCCUCAGAGAGACUGUACUUUGAAGCUCAUGUUGAGAUUUUAUCCCCUCCUCUGAUCAUUUUUGGAAAAAAAAAUUAAAAACUGGGACUCUUCAUAAUUUUUUUUUCCUGGAAGAAAACGUCGUCCAGUACCCCUGUCCUUACUUUGUAAUCUGGAUUGUAACAGGCCACCAUUUUGUAGCACACUUUUCAAAAACAAGUAGAACCUGGGUCCAUCUUUCUCGGGCCCAGAUCUGCUCACACAGCAGGAAGAGCAAAGCCACCAACUUUGACCCAACCUGGCUAAUCAAGGAGGUGCAUCCAGGCUCCAGAUAACUUGAGUUUUAAUGUUUUGUUUCUUGGCAGAGUAAUGUAAGAUUAAAAUGGGGAAAGAUAUUUAAUAUUUAAUACUAAGCUUUAAAAAGAAACCUAUCAUUGCUAUGUAUCUCGAUGCAAAGAGUAUGAUGAUAAUAAAACAAAAGUACA